AUGGCAUCCCUACGACCAUUCACCUGCAAUGACUUAUUUAAAUUCAAUUCUGUCAACCUUGAUUCACUCACAGAGACUUAUAGCAUAUCAUUCUAUCUACAGUACUUGGCGAGAUGGCCUGAAUAUUUCCUUGCGGUGGAAUCUUGUACCGGCGAAAUUAUGGGUUAUAUUAUGGGAAAAUCGGAAGGUUCAGUUGAAGCCAAAGAAUGGCAUGGACAUGUAACUGCUUUGAGUGUCAGACCUGAGUCUAGGCGAAUAGGAAUUGCAGCAUUGUUAAUGGAUGAAUUAGAGAAAAUAUCUGAUAAGCAAAAAUGUUUCUUUGUCGACCUUUUCGUGCGCGUUUCUAACGUUACAGCUGUCAAUAUGUAUCUGUCUUUGGGAUAUAUUGUUUAUCGUACGGUGUUAGAAUACUACAUUGGAGAUGAUAAUGAAAAUGCUUAUGAUAUGCGUAAAGCCUGCUCACGAGAUAAAGAGAAAAAGUCAAUGAUUCCUCAGAAGGAACCAGUGUGGCCAGACGCUGUGCUACCGUAA